UCGACGACUUCACUAUGGCGGAAGCUGAGGAGCAGGACUCUGGGUCCCUUGAGGAAUCCACGGAUGAGUCUGAGGAGGAGGAGAGUGAAGAGGAGCCCAAGCUGAAGUAUGAAAGGCUUUCCAAUGGAGUCACUGAGAUUCUGCAGAAGGGAGCCGCGAGCUGCAUGACGGUCCACGACAAGUUUCUGGCACUGGGCACCCAUUAUGGCAAGGUUUAUUUACUUGACGUGCAAGGAAACAUCACUCAGAAGUUUGAUGUAAGUCCUGUGAAGAUCAAUCAGAUUAGCCUGGAUGAAAGUGGAGAGCACAUGGGUGUGUGCUCGGAGGAUGGCAAGGUGCAGGUAUUUGGACUGUAUUCUGGAGAAGAAUUUCAGGAGACUUUCGACUGUCCCAUUAAAAUCAUUGCCGUGCACCCACAUUUUGUGAGAUCCAGUUGUAAGCAGUUUGUAACUGGAGGGAAAAAGCUGCUGCUGUACGAACGGUCUUGGAUGAACAGAUGGAAGUCUUGUGUUCUGCACGAAGGGGAAGGAAACAUAAGGAACGUCAAGUGGAGAGGCCAUCUCAUUGCUUGGGCGAAUAACAUGGGUGUGAAGAUUUUUGACAUCACCUCAAAGCAGAGAAUCACCAAUGUGCCCCGGGAUGACAUAAGUCUUCGGCCGGACAUGUAUCCCUGCAGCCUUUGCUGGAAGGACAACGUGACCCUGAUUAUUGGCUGGGGGACUUCUGUCAAGAUAUGCUCAGUGAAGGAACGACACGCCAGCGAAAUGAGGGAUUUGCCAAGCCGCUACGUUGAGAUAGUGUCUCAGUUUGAAACAGAGUUCUACAUCAGUGGACUUGCACCUCUCUGUGACCAGCUUGUCGUACUCUCCUACGUAAAGGAGGUUUCAGAAAAAAUGGAAAAAGAAUACUGUGCCCGGCCCAGACUGGACAUCAUCCAACCCCUUUCCGAGACGUGUGAGGAGAUCUCCUCGGAUGCUCUGACAGUCCGUGGCUUUCAGGAGAAUGAAUGUCGAGACUACCAUUUAGAGUCUGCUGAAGGGGAGUCGCUCUUUUACAUCGUGAGUCCGAGAGACGUCGUUGUGGCCAAGGAACGGGAUCAAGAUGAUCACAUUGACUGGCUCCUUGAAAAGAAAAAAUAUGAAGAAGCUUUGAUGGCAGCUGAAAUUAGCCAGAAGAAUAUUAAAAGGCAUAAGAUUCUCGAUAUUGGCUUGGCCUACAUAAAUCACCUGGUGGAGAAAGGAGAAUAUGACAUAGCAGCACGCAAAUGCCAGAAGAUUCUUGGGAAAAAUGCAACACUCUGGGAAUAUGAAGUUUAUAAAUUUAAAGAAAUUGGACAGCUUAAGGCUAUUAGUCCUUAUUUGCCAAGAGGGGAUCCAGUUCUGAAGCCACUCAUCUAUGAAAUGAUCUUGCAUGAGUUCUUGGAAAGUGAUUAUGAGGGUUUUGCCACACUAAUCCGAGAGUGGCCUGGAGAUCUGUAUAACAAUUCCGUGAUAGUUCAGGCAGUUCGGGACCACCUAAAGAAAGAUAGUCAGAACAAGACUUUACUUAAAACCCUGGCAGAAUUAUACACUUAUGACAAAAACUAUGGCAAUGCUCUGGAAAUAUACCUAACAUUAAGGCAUAAAGAUGUCUUCCAGUUGAUCCACAAGCAUAAUCUUUUCAGUUCCAUCAAGGAUAAAAUCGUUUUAUUAAUGGAUUUUGAUUCAGAGAAAGCUGUUGACAUGCUUUUGGACAAUGAAGAUAAAAUUUCAAUUAAGAAGGUGGUAGAAGAAUUGGAAGACAGACCAGAGCUGCAGCACGUGUAUUUGCACAAGCUUUUCAAGAGAGACCACCAUAAGGGGCAGCGUUACCAUGAGAAGCAGAUCAGUCUUUAUGCUGAAUAUGAUCGACCAAAUUUACUCCCCUUUCUCCGAGACAGCACCCACUGCCCACUGGAAAAGGCUCUUGAGAUCUGUCAACAGAGGAACUUCGUAGAAGAGACAGUUUAUCUUCUGAGCCGCAUGGGAAAUAGCCGAAGUGCCCUGAAGAUGAUUAUGGAGGAGUUACAUGAUGUUGACAAAGCAAUUGAAUUUGCAAAGGAGCAAGAUGAUGCAGAACUCUGGGAAGAUUUGAUUUUAUAUUCCAUUGACAAACCACCAUUUAUCACCGGCUUGUUAAACAACAUUGGCACGCAUGUUGACCCAAUUUUGCUGAUUCACCGUAUUAAAGAGGGAAUGGAGAUUCCUAAUUUGAGAGACUCCUUGGUUAAAAUUCUGCAAGACUACAAUUUGCAGAUUCUGCUUCGGGAAGGCUGCAAGAAGAUUCUCGUGGCCGACUCUUUGUCCUUGCUGAAGAAAAUGCACCGAACACAAAUGAAAGGUGUUUUGGUUGACGAGGAGAACAUCUGUGAAUCGUGCCUUGCCCCUAUUCUUCCAUCAGAUGCAGCGAAGCCCUUCAGCAUGUUGGUCUUCCACUGCCGCCACAUGUUCCACAAGGAGUGCCUACCCGUGCCUAGCAUGAAUUCUGCACAGUACUGCAACAUCUGCAGCGCAAAGAACCGUGGACCAGGAAGUGCAAUUCUAGAGAUGAAAAAAUAGCUCAAGUUCUGCUUCUUGGUCCCCUACUUGUGGCUCUGUUUAACAUUGUGUUUUGCAAAAAUAGAAGGCUUUGUCAACACCA